AUGAAAACCACCAAUUUGAGCUGCAGCAUGGACCUGUACAGGGACAAUGAAGUCCGUGCUUAUCAUCGCAUCAAUCCUAUGCCAAAAAACCAAAAGGAGUGCAAAAGGCAUCGAAACUCCAUACCUCCUGCCCAGACACCUAGAGGCAAGCACAUGUUGGCAUAUCUUCCAAAGGUUCCAGUGGAAAAGGGCCAAUAUGGAACAUUUUCAGUAAAGCCUGAAACCAAAUUGAUAGCCACAUUAGAAGAUAUUCCAAAAUCUCCACAGCAUAGAGAUUUCUCGUCUUCUGGAAGAACUAGCAUUAUUUCAAACUUAAAGCCAUUGGUAGGCUGGAAGAAUUGUGAGACACAAACAUCCAAUGAUGCUUUAGCUCUGCAGUUUGCUUCUAGUCCAAUCAUAAAUUGCUCGCAACUUGCACCCAACUCAAACGCCAAGCAGAGGUUAAGUGUGUCCGUCGAUGUGGAUGAGCACCCCAGGCAUCGUUGCUUAUUGACUAGUCUCACAAAUUCCCAAGACAUUAAAACAAGUUUGUACCCGAGGCAUGCUGAUAGCUUACCCAAUCUUCCAAAUCAUACUCGGAAUAUACGAGCUUCAGCAAAAAGUAUCUUAUCUGUCCCAGGAUCCCCUAAGCAGCGGUGCAAACUGAUGAACAACAACCGGCAACUCUUCAAUAUUGCAUAUCAGCAGAAGCGACAGCGUUAUGUAACGAAAGAUGGGAAAUGCCAAGUGAAUCUGGGAAACAUUGCAGAGAAGCAAAAGUUCCUGUUUGACAUUUUUACUACAAUCGUGGAUUUGAAGUAUCGAUGGUUUCUCUUUGUCUUCAUGAUGUGCUACAUUGUGACUUGGAUGACUUUUGGAUUUUUGUACUUCUUCGAUGCAUACAUUAGAGAUGAUAUUAACCAUGUAGGUGAAACUGACUGGAAACCUUGCUUAGAUAAUGUGGAUGGCUUCAUUUCUGCCUUACUGUUGUCUAUUGAAAGUCAAAGGACAAUCGGUUAUGGGUCUCGCAUGGUAACUUCUAAUUGUGCAGAAGGUGUCGUUUUACUCAUAGCUCAGUGCAUUAUUGGUUCGAUGAUUGAUGCUAUGAUGGUGGGCUGUGUGUUUGUGAAGAUUUCACGGCCCAAGAAGCGGGCCGAAACUCUGAAGUUUAGUCAAAAUGCAGUGAUAUCGCACAGGGAUGAUAGACUUUGCUUGAUGUUUAGAAUUGGUGACCUGAGGGAAAGCCACAUGGUCGAUGCAAAACUAAGAGCCAAACUCAUCAAAUCUAGACAGACAAAAGAAGGUGAAUUCAUACCUCUAGAUCAAAUAGAAGUUAACCUUGGCUACGACACAGGGAAAGACCGUCUCUUCCUGGUAGAACCCCAGACUAUUAGCCACUCCAUUGAUGAGACAAGUCCCUUCUGGGAAAUGUGUGCUGAGUCAAUGAAGAGGGAACAGUUUGAAAUUAUCGUGAUCCUGGAAGGCAUAGUGGAAUCUACAGGGAUGACCUGCCAAGCUAGGACUUCCUAUAAAGAAGAUGAGAUCCUUUGGGGCCACCGGUUUGAGACUUGUAUCUCCUUGGAGAAAGGUGCAUUCCGAGUUGAUUAUACCAAAUUUGAUAAGACAUUUGAGGUGCAGAUGCCACCGGGCAGUGCAAAGGACAUGCGAGAGACAAAGGAAAUAGACAAACAUUAUCUGUCCUCACUCAGUUUGUACUGGGAUAGUCUGAACCAUUCCUGUGCCAAAGAGCAGGGCCAUAGUUUGACUGGGAAUUGCAAUAUUGUGGAAGAGAGUAAUAUGGAAGAUGGAGAGAAUGACUGA